AUUGAGCUACAAGUCAACAUUUUGAGAUAAGUCAGGAUUUUGAGAUAUUUAAUUGAAAUUUGGAGAUAAUUUCGAGUUAACAAAUCAAUGUUUUGAGAGAAUGUGUCAGAAUUUUGAGAUAAUUAGUCAAGCUUUUUAGUUAAUAUCAACAUUUUGAGAUAAGUCGGAAUUUUGAGAUAAGUCAACAUUUUGAUAUAAAAAGUUAAGAUGUUUAGAUAAGUCGAGCUUUUUGAGCUAAUCAGUUGAAAUUUUGAGAUAUGUGGAAACUGGAAAGUUUUUUUUUUUUCCUUUUAGAAAAUACUGCUGCAGCCCAAAAGAAAGAAAUAGAAAAUGUUUUUCCUAAUCUACCCGGAAACCGUGUCUCAUAUGAACACAGCCACUGAAGGUAAAGAAAAGACGCACGAGGUGAAGUUGCUUUGCCACAUAAAGUAGGCUACAUAUUGCUUAUCUCCUGCGCCCCCUAGCGGCGAUAUCUGCUCAGUGCCGCACAGCGCAGCGGAAAAGAAACUGUACUGCAGUCGCCCGGCGCAUUCAGUGAGCGCGUUUGGAGUAGAAGGCGGUCGUGCUCACUCAUCACCCAGCCUUAUCCCCUCACUCCGGCACACACCUCUGUUGUUGUUGUUUUUUUUAAACCACUGUAGAAAUCUUAUAAGUUAUCGCACAACGCCAAGAUUUUUCCAGAAGUAUUUUUGGACGUCCUGCAGCGUGGAGGAAUAACAUCUCGGAUAUAUCCAUAAAGCCGAAAAGGAGGAGAGAGAGAAAUACAAAGAGAGGGACAGAGAGAGGGAGAGAGACCGAGACAGAGAGACAUGGCAACGACAACCUGUACACGCUUUACCGACGAAUACCAGCUUUAUGAAGAACUCGGAAAGGGAGCUUUUUCAGUUGUGCGACGUUGUGUCAAGCUGUGCACAGGCCAAGAAUAUGCUGCCAAAAUAAUCAACACCAAAAAGCUCUCAGCCAGGGAUCACCAGAAGCUUGAACGUGAAGCUCGCAUUUGUCGUCUUCUCAAGCACCCCAACAUCGUCCGACUCCAUGACAGUAUAUCAGAAGAAGGCUUCCACUACCUCCUGUUUGACUUGGUCACCGGUGGCGAGUUGUUUGAAGACAUUGUAGCGCGAGAAUAUUACAGCGAAGCUGACGCCAGUCAUUGCAUCCAGCAGAUCCUGGAGGCGGUGCUUCACUGCCACCAAAUGGGUGUGGUGCACCGAGAUCUCAAGCCAGAGAACCUGCUCCUGGCUAGCAAAUGCAAGAAUGCAGCAGUGAAGUUAGCCGAUUUCGGUCUGGCCAUUGAAGUGCAAGGAGAGCAGCAGGCCUGGUUUGGAUUCGCAGGUACACCAGGUUACCUGUCUCCUGAGGUGCUAAGGAAAGAGGCUUAUGGGAAACCCGUGGACAUUUGGGCUUGUGGUGUUAUCUUGUACAUUCUGCUCGUGGGUUACCCGCCUUUCUGGGAUGAGGACCAGCACAAACUCUACCAGCAGAUCAAAGCCGGAGCCUAUGAUUUUCCUUCUCCGGAGUGGGACACAGUCACCCCUGAAGCCAAGAACCUCAUUAACCAGAUGCUCACUAUCAAUCCGGCCAAGAGGAUCACUGCACAGGAAGCUCUUAAACACCCAUGGGUCUGCCAACGCUCGACUGUGGCCUCCAUGAUGCACAGACAAGAGACAGUAGAGUGCCUGAAGAAGUUCAACGCCAGGAGAAAACUCAAGGGAGCCAUUCUGACCACCAUGCUGGUUUCACGCAACUUCUCUGUGGGCCGGCAGACCACAGCUCCGGCCACGGUCUCGGCGGUGGCUGCUGCUGCUGCAGCCGGCACUGCUGCCGGCCUGGUGGAACAAGCAGCCAAGAGCCUGCUCAACAAGAAGGCUGAUGUCAAGAAACGGAAAUCCAGCUCCACCGUUCAGUACAUGCCACAGUCAAACAGCACGAAAAACAGCAUAGUCACCAGUCCCAAAGGGAACGUCCCCUCUCCUGCUCUGGAGGCUCAGACCACUGUUAUCCAUAACCCGGUGGAUGGGAUCAAGGAGUCCUCGGACAGCAGCAACACCACAAUCGAAGAUGAGGAUGUUAAAGCACGCAAACAGGAGAUCAUUAAGAUCACAGAGCAGCUAAUUGAGGCUGUGAACAAUGGGGACUUUGAGGCCUACGCGAAGAUCUGUGACCCUGGACUUACUUCGUUUGAACCCGAGGCCUUGGGUAACCUAGUAGAGGGCAUGGACUUCCAUCGAUUCUACUUUGAGAACUUGCUGUCUAAGAACAGUAAGCCCAUCCACACCACCAUCCUGAACCCUCAUGUGCACCUGAUUGGCGAGGAUGCCGCCUGCAUCGCUUACAUCCGGCUUACUCAAUAUGUGGAUGGCCAGGGCCGGCCGCGCAGCAGCCAGUCAGAGGAGACUCGUGUGUGGCAUCGCCGUGACUCCAAAUGGCAGAAUGUGCAUUUCCACUGCUCGGGCGCUCCUGCUGCCCCACUCCAGUGAAGAGUGGGAUGGCAGCAGCGGGACGUGUUUUGACACUUGGGGAGAAGAACGAGAGGGAGGAUCAGCGGGGACGGCAGGAAGAGUCCAGCAUUGGAGAGCUCAGGAGCUUUCAGCCUUCCAGUUCUGGUCACAUCUGUCCAUGCCUGCAUGCAAAACCUAUACCUGUGUCUCCACCUACUGGACUGCUCUUCGAUAGUCGCAUCCUGCCACACUUCCCCUCCACACCAAACCUUUGCAAUACAUAACACGCAACAUUGGCACCAGUGCACAAACACACACACACACACACACACACACAACACCCCACUGCUCACAAACACUUAUUAUCAGUCCAGGAGAGUGAGCACAGACUCUAGGUUCAAUGUUAUAGCCUGUUCAAUGCCUUGUUACCCCCACAAUCCCCUUCUCCCUGCCUCACUCUCGUCUCCAUUGGCCUUAUGACCUGUGUGCCCAGGCACUCCUCACUAUAAUAGCUCACAUGUUAACGAAGUAUUAUAUCAGCUUUAUUAUGAUUGUUGUAAUGGCUACUACUUUUUAUUAUUACCACUUCUAUUUUAAAGUAUUGAUGUUGUUCUGUUGUUUAUUUAGUCAAAAACAUAAUGUAUAAAUAGUCAAAUUAUUGAUGUAAAUCGAUUUGAACACUUAUCCUGGAAGCAAGGAUUCUUUAUUUUAUCUAGUGGCGGUUUUAUUUGUCGAUUUGAGUCAAAUGAAGUUUACUUCGGCAGCAUGAAAAAUGCGGGUAUAAAUGCGUGACUCCUUACUACUGUAUACAUAAAACAAGAAGAUGGCACCGUUCAGACCGAAGCUAACCGUGUCCGUCUCACUUUCAUGCAGCUAGGUGAUUUUCGUUUGGACACUGUAUGUCUUAACUGAUACCCAUGCGUUUUUAAUGGGUUUGCUGAGGCACGCUCCCAGGAAAGUCGUUUUGUGGAGGUUUUUUUUUAAAAGUCCCCCCGUUAAAAUAGUUUAUAAUAAUCUAAGGUCGCGAUUGAGGAUGGAAGCACAGCCUGACUGCACUGUUAGAGUAAUUGAUGCGAUUUGAAAUGAUUUGGAAGAAGAGCGACGAAUUGUGUGCACGGUAUUUCCUGCAGUAUGGGACAAUCCUAAAGGAAGAUUUCGUAGAGAUAGAGUUAUUAAGGCACAUUAUGGAUUUAGAUCAUCAGGUUAACAGUUAAGAUAAAGAGAGUAUAUGAAAUAUUUAUAUAAGUCUAGUCAUUCAUUGUUUAGUUUUAUUUCUCUAUAUACAGAGUAUUAACAUUGUUUUUGCAUUUUUUAAAAAAUAUUUAUUUUAGGUUUUUUUUUUUUAGAAAGUGUGUGAUGGGGCCAUAUUUCAUGGGUUCCUCACUGAUAUGGGGAUGAACAGUCUUCUUUUGACCUCUUGAAUGUGAACCUAGUUUAAUCAAAACGAAUGGAAAGCUUAAGGGCUUUCCCCAUAUAUAUGAGACACAGUAUGCAAUAAAACUGCAGUAUGCAGUAAAGAAUCACCAUUUGAUUUCUCCUAGAUUAUGAAAAGAAUGGGAAAAAGCCACUGCAUGGGUAUCAGGGAUACACAAGUGUGUGUAUGUGUGCAUGAGACUGAUUUUUUUUUAAAUGCUGUUAAUUAAGUUUAAAUAGCCUUUUUUUGUAAAGGUAUCUCACUGUCUGAGGAGCACUUCAUUCUCAAGACUGGAAUUCACUGGAAGACUGCUGAUUUUAUUUCUUUUUAUGAUUUUAUUUCAAUUUAUUUCUCUAAUUCUUUUACAUUUUGUUCUGAAAUGUGAAUAGGGUUUUGUAGUACGUUUCUGAACCCCACACAUCACUUCAGAGAAGACCUCUUUGUGAAUGGUGAACCGUGUGAGAACUUUUUUUGAAGCAAUCAAAGCAGCAUGUCAGCAUACUCUAGUGUAGUGUUGUUCUUUCCUUUCUUUCUGCGUGUUUAGUAUUGCAAGGAAUCCUUGAGAUCUAUAACGGAGUUUAAUAUUAGCGAAAUAGAUAUCUUGUAAAACAGCUAUGUAGUGCUAACAUAAUCUAGGUGGCCAUUAACUUGCAUGAAUUUUGGCAGCAUUUUUUGGUGAAUUUUAUUUUUCAUUUGAUUCUUGGUUUCUUUUCUACUGAAUGCUGGUGAAUUAUGCUACCGCUACCGAUUUUCAGAGUUUUGUAAGUGUAUAUGACCAUUUUUGUCUCUAGAAGAUGAUUAUGAUAAAUUCUGACUAUCACAGUAAACCGUGUCAUGAUGAUUGUAUGGCAUGCUUUUGUACAGGGUUUCGGUGUUGUCUGAGCAGUGUUGGGCAAUCCUAAUUGAAAUGUGCCAUGAGGUAGCUUUGAAAUGAGUGUUUCAGAUACACUUUUUCAAUAUCUGAACCUCUUCAUGUUAGUUGGCAUAAUGUUAGCGUCUCUGGUGGUGGACCUGGGAAGAAUUCAGCAUGGAUUAAAUCCAGGGGUGGAAAACGUACUGAGAAAUUAUACUUAAGUGAAGAUGUAUGCAUCCUAAAAUGUACUCAAGUAAAAGUUUAAAAAAAAAAAAAAAAAAAAAAAAAAAACUUUUCUAAAAUUGAAAUGUACUUAAGUAAUAAAAAGUUAAACUUAAAUGUUUUUAACCGAUGAAAUAAGUAAUGUCAUGUUUUCAUAUGAAAACUAACUUCUAUUAUUUAUUUAUAAUUGUUAUAAGCAACUAUGCCAUUUUGCCUGAAAACAUCAUUCAGUUUCUGUAAGUUUGCUGAUCAUGUGCAUGACUAAUGCUAUGUAGUUUGCUAAAGAAUUAAUCUGAAGUAAAAUAUCAUGUACAUAACCAACAUUGACCUUUAGCUAGAAUUUGAAUUCCAGUAGCCAAUUAUGUUAGCUACUGGAAUUGAUGCUAGUCAAACAUGGCUACCUUAGUCAAAUAUAGGCAGUUAAGGAUCGCAAAUUAGCUAAACUUAUCUCAACAUGCUUUCAUGCCUUCUAGGGACGCAAAGGAGACGUCUCUUUUGUAUACUAACUAGUCUUUUUCUCCAGCAUAUUGAAACAUUUUACUGAGCCAGGGCUAGGGGGUGUGUGGGGGGUUCAUCCAUUGUAGUUCAACACUGCAGUCUGGUCUCUUACCCAUAUUCAGACACACACUGAUUGUGUAACAUGAGAAGCUCAGCGCAGAUGACAAAUUAGCACGAUCGUGGAUAGUUUUUACGUUGCUGAACUUGACUAGAUGCCUUAAAUUGAAAUGAUUGCUAAACUGUAUCCAUUCUAUCCAUGUUUAGCAUAUACUCAAUGGCUAGAUGAGAGAAGAAGAGAACUGCAAGGUCUAAAUAAGACCAAAGUAGUAAAAAGUAAGGUUUUUCUUAGAAUUGUAAUUAAUUAUGAGAACAAGUAUUCCAUUUCAGUAACACUCAGGUAAAGUAUAAAUAUGCCACAAUAAUAAUAUUACUUAUUGAGUAUAGUAACAGAGUACAAUUACUCAAGUAUUUUCCACCCCGAGCACAUGCAAUGCCUAUCUGAGAAUUUCCCCACUGGUGGCAGUAUGAAAUCAUUCGCCCCAUCCACCAAUAUCUGUACAUAUUGCAAUAGACCGUAAGAAAUUCACCAGCUAAGCAAAAAUACGACUUUUGGUAUUUGCAGAUCUUGCAAUUUCACCUCCUGAAACAGGCAACUAAUUUUAGAUAAAGCAGCGUUAAGGAAUGAGUCUGUUAAGGAAUGAAUGAUAUAACCUCAUGGCCUAAAACAGGGUGUGUGUGUGUGUGUGUGUGUGUGUGUGUGUGUGUGUGUGUGUCUGUGUGUGUGUGUCUGUGUGUGUCUGUGUGUGUGUGUGUGUCUGUGUGUGUGUCUGUGUGUGUGUGUGUGUGUGUGUCUGUGUGUGUGUCUCUGUGUGUGUGUGUGUGUGUGUGUGUGUGUGUGUGUGUGUGUGUGUGUGUGUGUGUGUGUGUGGAGGGUGAAUGAACCAGAAGUGAAUCAGUUCUGUGUUUCACAUACAGUGCUACCUUGCUGCUCUUACAACAUCAAGCCAAUAACUAUUUGUAGUGUUAAUUCCAGAAUUUCCCUCUUUUGGUUAUAGUCAGUUGUUGUUUUCUUUUGUUUUUUUGUUUGUUUAAAAAAAAAAUAUUCGUACAACACUGAGCCUUCAAAAAUGUAUCAUUGAGGUCUCAUUUUUGGAGGAUUAUA